AUCCCAAUGCUACCCCUCACAAUAGAUGGUGCCGGUGCUGCCGGCGGUAGCUGCUCUGAUGAUUGAGGUUCAGGCUUGCAAGCUCAGUCUCCCCCGCCCUUCCUUCUCUUCUUUACCGCCCAUUACAUCUCUCCUCUUUGAACCACACUCCAAUUCUCUGGCUCUCAUGCACUCUGACUCCUCUUUUUCUCUCUACCCUUCUCUUUCUCCGUUCUCUCCCCCUUCUCCUCAAUCCCAAGCCCCAACCCUAACCCUAGUUCCUCCACCCUCCUCCUUCGCCACUUUCCUCCUCCUUCAAAACCCUAGACCUAACUCCGGUGCCCACAACCCUCGCGUCCUCUUUGUCGUUGCUGCUCCUCACCGCGCCGGCGCUGCAGUUAUCCUGCGCUUCUACGUCCUCCAGAAGACCCAAUUGUUCACCAAAGCUGAAGUUCUUUGCACUCAGAGGGAUCUUCAGUUUGAACCCAAAUUGGGCGUUUUAUUCAAUGCUAAUCAUGGGGUUUCGGUCAAGCUUGGUGGUUCGAUUAACAUUUUCGCAAUGUACUCAGUGUCGAAUUCUAAGAUUUGGGUAUUCUCCGUGAAAAUGGCGGGGGACGAUAGAGAUGAUGGAGUGGUUUUAAAGUUGAUGAAGUGUGCUGUGAUAGAUUGUGGUGUGCCGGUGUUCUCGAUUAGCGUUUCGGGUGAGUUCUUGAUUUUAGGGGAGGAAAAUGGGGUUAGGGUUAUUCAACUCAGGCCACUGGUGAAAGGGUGGAUUAGGAAAGAGCAGCGAGAGAGUAAGAAUUUGAAUUUCCCUAAUGGAUGUGGCAGCAAAAGUGCUGGUGUAGAAGCAAAUAUGGAGAUAGCUUGUAAUGGGGACCUGGAAGGAAGGAUUGAUUUGCAUCGUGUUUCUGUAAAGCGGAGGUCUGUGAGAUUCAGACAGGAUUCUAGUGAAGGGAGUGCAUGCUUUGUAGCAUUUAAGGGGAAAGAGGUUGAACACUUGAAAUCUAUGAUGCCACCAUUGAUUCCAGUAAAGGCAGUUUCCAUCCAGGCUUUGUCUGCAAAAAAGUUUCUGAUCUUGGACUCAGAUGGAGAUGUACACCUCUUAUGCCUUUCCAUCCAUCACCUUGGACCAGAAAUUACCUGUCACAUGAGGCAGUUCACUAACACCAUGAAAGUACAAAAGCUGGCUGUUCUUCCUGAUACUUCCACAAGAGGGCGAACUGUUUGGAUAUCAGAUGGAUUCUACUCUGUGCACAUGAUGACAGUAUCCGACACAGACACUUCUGCUAAUGAAGAUGAUGAAAAUGACAGUGAGGAAAAGCUUAAACAGAUCUCAGUUACUCAAGCGAUAUUUGCUAGUGAAAGGAUUCAAGAUAUUAUUCCUCUAGCAGCAAAUGCUCUUUUGAUUCUUGGGCAAGGAAGUUUAUUUGCAUAUGCAAUUUCCUGAAGUUGCUUGCAUGGUAACUCUUUUUUAGCGGUCAUCUAUGUUCCAGGCCAGAUUAGAUGAUUUAUGACAGCUUGAGCAAGUUCCUGGAUCAGUGUACUGUUUAAUCAUUGGUUGUCAUGUGUUCUCUCUGAUGGCUAUGGUUCUGUUUGUCAUUCUGUCACUAAGUCAUGAGUUGCAGUUAUGCUUAUGACCUGGAAACGCUGAGCUCUUGAAGAAACACUGGAUCAGUAGAAUGCCUGUCAUGGAGUUCUUAAUACUGGAGAGAGAAGAUCAAGUCUGUCAACAACUUAAAGCCACCCCUUCUGCACAACCUGCUUCCACAUGCUGCAAGACAGACUAGCUGCAGACAUGUGAAUUGGUUGGUUGUCAGUUUUUAUCUGGCUUGUCCUUUGCAGAGCUUGCAUUAAAUCUCAGGUUUUCAACCUAAGGGCUGGCCCAGCAUUCAACCAAAGUUCACAAAGGUAUGGUGUAGCUUUAGCUGCAUGUGUUGACUAGUAGUGUUUGGUUGAGAUGAAACUCCAUCUAAUUCCUUGCUGUCCAUGUUAAAUCUAUAUAUGAUUUUACUAAAUCUGGCUAAUACAUUUACCUGGGGUUCAUCACCAGACUCCAAUAGAAACAUGUAGCUCAAGCUGUUCCACUCAUGAAACUGAAUUGUCUCUAGUGGUUUGAAUCAUAUGAUAAUGUUAUCAUCUACCAUUGGAACCUCUCUGCUGUCCCUCCAGGAUGAGAUUAGCAUGUACUUAAUCCCCAAAGUGGUUUCUGACCCCCUUUAUUUUAGAGAGAGCAAUCAAUUGGUUGAGAAAAAUGAAACUGAUUUAGUGGUUCAUCGAUUAUAGAAUACCAAAGCUAAAGGUACAGACAUUCCCUUUGUUAAAAUAGUACUCCAUGCAAUUAUUAGAUUUGUGGCAGGACUUUACAGAAUGAUGCAAUGAAAUGCUGAGAUUAGUUUUUAGGUAUCCUUAAAGAAAUGCGCCCUCUUCUUUAUUGCAAGGGAACGGAAAGAUCAGAGAAUGGCGUGUCUCUGUGGUUGUGUGUGGGGGUACCUCUCUCUGGGUCUCUAUCUAGAGAAGUAAAAGGUUGGCCAAACAUGGGCAGUGGUAAAAAGGACUUUGUCUUUCCCCUUGACGCGGUUGUGUUCCUCUGAAAUUGUGCAUCCAACCGAAAGGCGACAUCCAACUGGGGGUCCAGUCCAUGUGCAUCAACUAAGCAUCUACACCUGGUCCAUCUCUGCUUUCUAGUCAUGUAAAAGCCUCAUCUGCAGCCACUACUUUUACCAAACUUGCUGUUUCAUCUAGUAUCCUGGUAGGACUGGCUAGGGAAGGGAAAUGUUAAAAGACAAUAUUCAAUUACCUUUGUAUUUAAUAUUAAAAAUUUUAGAUCCCUAGCAUGCAAAAACUGCACUAGUAGGAUGAUGGGCUUUGUUGCUGGGUAGGGGGAAAGGAAGAUUCUGGGAGAUUUCUUUCUUGUUUUUUUUUUUCUUUGUUUACUACAACCAGAGAAAAAGAAAAGGUCCCCCUUUCGCUAGCAGCGUGAGAAGAGCCAUGGUGGUGGUGAUAAACUUACACCUGUCGCCUUCCUUGUCGACCUGAGUCCAGUGGGGGUGGGUUUUGGUUUGAUUGCCCCACUGUCCGUCGCUCUCCUUAUUUUGUACGCGUUGCAGUGGCCCAGGGGUUUUAGCCUUUAACUCACUCUGUUUGUGAUUUAUUAUGAAUUUGAUUGAUUUGAUUUGUGCAUA